AUGACAGUUGGUCAAAUGAUAGUUAGUCAAAUGACAGUCGGUCAAAUGACAGUCGGUCAAAUGACAGUCGGUCAAAUGACAGUCGGUCAAAUGACAGUCGGUCAAAUGACAGUCGGUCAAAUGACAGUCGGUCAAAUGACAGUCGGUCGAAUGACUGUCGGUCAAACGACAGUCGGUCAAAUGACAGUCGGUCGAAUGACUGCCGGUCGAAUGACAGUCGGUCAAACGACAGUCGGUCAAACGACAGUCGGUCAAACGACAGUCGGUCAAACGACAGUCGGUCAAAUGACAGUCGGUCAAACGACAGUCGGUCAAAUGACAGUCGGUCAAACGACAGUCGGUCAAACGACAGUCGGUCAAAUGACAGUCGGUCAAAUGACAGUCGGUCAAAUGACAGUCGGUCAAACGACAGUCGGUCAAACGACAGUCGGUCAAACGACAGUCGGUCAAACGACAGUCGGUCAAAUGACAGUCGGUCAAACGACAGUCGGUCAAACGACAGUCGGUCAAACGACAGUCGGUCAAAUGACAGUCGGUCAAAUGACAGUCGGUCAAAUGACAGUCGGUCAAAUGACAGUCGGUCAAAUGACAGUCGGUCAAAUGACAGUCGGUCAAAUGACAGUCGGUCAAAUGACAGUCGGUCAAAUGACAGUCGGUCAAAUGACAGUCGGUCAAAUGACAGUCGGUCAAAUGACAGUCGGUCAAAUGACAGUCGGUCAAAUGACAGUCGGUCAAAUGACAGUCGGUCAAAUGACAGUCGGUCAAAUGACAGUCGGUCAAAUGACAGUCGGUCAAAUGACAGUCGGUCAAAUGACAGUCGGUCAAAUGACAGUCGGUCAAAUGACAGUCGGUCAAAUGACAGUCGGUCAAAUGACAGUCGGUCAAAUGACAGUCGGUCAAAUGACCGUCGGUCAAAUGACAGUCGGUCAAAUGACAGUCGGUCAAAUGACAGUCGGUCAAAUGACAGUCGGUCAAAUGACAGUCGGUCAAAUGACAGUCGGUCAAAUGACAGUCGGUCAAAUGACAGUCGGUCAAAUGACAGUCGGUCAAAUGACAGUCGGUCAAAUGACAGUCGGUCAAAUGACAGUCGGUCAAAUGACAGUCGGUCAAAUGACAGUCGGUCAAAUGACAGUCGGUCAAAUGACAGUCGGUCAAAUGACAGUCGGUCAAAUGACAGUCGGUCAAAUGACAGUCGGUCAAAUGACAGUCGGUCAAAUGACUGUCGGUCAAAUGACUGUCGGUCAAAUGACAGUUGGUGAAACGAUAGUCGUCAAAUGA